GCCAGAGAAGAAGAAGAUUAGGUUGCUAACCCUUUGAACAAAAAAACUCGCUAAUGGGUUAUAAUUUCUAAUCAAUAGCUUUCAGUUACAAAUGAUAUUAAUAACGCAUUUUUUAUCCGGUUAUUUUAGUGAAACUCUGUAGAUUGGAAUGGUGAUGUAGGAGUGUGCUGGAUUGUAUUAGUCGGGACGUUUUAGCGUUAGCAGCUAGCUAACGCGGGCUAGCUGUCUGUAUCGUGUUAUAUUGAUAAAUAAGCCAACUUUGUUUUGUUUAGUUGAUACAGUAUUUCCCUUUUUUUAAUAACCACAAAGAGCUUCAGAGGAUGCUGGCUACGGGUGCAGCUGUCACUAAUGUCACAGCUCUGGCCCAGGUAGACCGAGAGAAGAUCUAUCAGUGGAUCAAUGAGUUGUCCAGUCCUGAGACCAGAGAGAAUGCUUUGCUCGAGCUCAGCAAGAAACGCGAGUCUGUGCCGGACUUGGCCCCCAUGCUGUGGCACUCCUGUGGCACCAUCGCCGCCCUGCUGCAGGAGAUAGUGAACAUCUACCCCUCCAUAAACCCACCAACACUUACAGCUCACCAGUCUAACAGAGUGUGCAAUGCUCUGGCUCUGCUGCAGUGUGUCGCCUCUCACCCAGAGACAAGGUCGGCCUUUCUUGCCGCUCACAUCCCUCUCUUCCUUUACCCUUUCCUGCACACUGUGAGCAAAACACGGCCGUUUGAGUACCUGAGACUCACCAGCCUCGGAGUCAUAGGUAACCUCUUCUACUUCUAUUUCAUGAUUCAGGGUUAUUUUUUGACAAUUCUUGUGUGUUUAUCAUUGAUUGAUUGUGUUUUUGUGUUUGCUGCAGGUGCUUUGGUGAAAACAGACGAGCAAGAAGUGAUUAACUUCCUCCUCACCACUGAAAUCAUCCCACUGUGUCUCCGUAUUAUGGAAUCAGGGAGUGAACUCUCCAAGACGGUUGCAACCUUCAUACUGCAGAAGAUCCUGCUGGACGACACGGGGCUGGCUUACAUUUGUCAGACAUAUGAACGUUUCUCUCACGUGGCCAUGAUCCUCGGGAAAAUGGUGCUGCAGCUCUCUAAAGAACCAUCAGCUCGUCUGCUCAAACACGUCGUUCGCUGUUACCUUCGCCUCUCAGAUAAUCUCAGAGCCAGAGAAGCCCUGCGUCAGUGUCUGCCAGACCAGCUGAAGGAUAGCACCUUCGCUCAGGUGCUGAAGGACGACACCACCACCAAGCGCUGGCUGGCUCAGCUGGUGAAGAACCUGCAGGAGGGUCAGGUGACCGACGCUCGAGGAAUCCCCCUGGCUCCGCAGUGAGAACAAAUAUGCGCUGGCAGUGGACACGAAUGGACUCCCAUCACUGUCUAGAUUUUUGUAUUUUUGCCAAAUGUGGUGCUAAGACUGUCUGCACAGUGAAGGACUUGAAAAUAGAAGAAAAUAUUUUUGCUUUUUUGGCUAAAAGGAUUUCUUUCCAUCACUUUUUUUCUCUCUUUCCUUCCACACUGGUUACUCUCAUAGUAUCAACUUGUGUUAUUUUCUUUUUUAGAGCCCGACAGAUUUUUGAAGCCAGCACUGAUAUUUGAAGAAUUUAAAUCCAAUAAUGAUUGUAUUGGCUGUUAUUUACUUUAAAAAUGUAGUUUGGCAAAAUCCCUCAAAUUUAAAGAGUCGUCUGUUUUUACAGCUGAACAAUAAACUUCAAUAUCAAAUGUGACAAAUAGUGAAUAUUGCAUUUAGGCAACACUGCUGAAAAUGGACUUAAACAUGCAAAAUGGCCAAAUGUACAAUUUACUGCACUGCAUAUCUGUCAACAUAUAGGUCAGUACUGAUGUAUCAAUGAUAAACCAGCCUUUAAAGUAUCGGUCUCAUUUUUGGGGGGUUAUUAUCACUGUAACUUUCUGUAACAUUCCUCUUCAAGCAGUUAACUGUUCAAUUUGUGUUGUUUUGUUUUGCUUCUCGCAUUUCAAAUAAGACUUUUUAAUCUUCUA